AAUAAGCAUAAUAUAAAUAAAUUUGUAUUUGAAAAGUAUAAGAUAUGUUAGAAGGAAUGAAUGAUGAACGAUUUCUUGUUAGUGGUUGGGAAGACGAUUUAAAUGACAUCGACGUUUCGCGGAAUCCUGAAGAACUCUCAGAAAAAAACUUCAUGCUUGCUUGCGAAAAUGGCAAUUUAGACCAAGUCACGCGUCUCAUAGAAGAAAAUCCGAAGUUAAUCAACUCCACAGACAAGGAUAAAUACACACCUCUGCACAGAGCUUGCUAUAGCAAUCAUGUUAACAUUGUCGAGUAUUUGUUGGAAAAAGGAGCUAAUAUCGCGGCGGAAACGGAAAUGUCCUGGCAACCGUUACAUUCUUGUUGCCAGUGGAACAAUGUUAAAUGCGCUGCGGCUCUAAUUAGACAUGGCGCUGAUGUAAAUGCUAAAUCAGACGGAGGACAAACUCCUCUACAUAUAGCCGCAACUCACGGAGCCUCCUAUGAAAUGGUCCAAAUGCUACUAAUGCAUCCUUACAUAGAUCCUUAUAUUAAAAAUGUCAAUGGAGAAACCCCGAAAGACAUAGCAACUAGGAGUUCUAGGUUUUAUAAUAUACUUGAAAUGGCCGACCCACUUCUUGAUACGGAAAGUGCCGGGAAUUUGCAUUAGAUCGAUACCUUAGAAGUUAUUUGAGAAUGUAUUUUGUGAUAAAUAACUAAUUAAAUAACUAUUCG